CGUCGGCAGGCAGAGCAGGGGGGCAUGGCUGGGACCACGCCGGAGCUCCUCCGUCCUGACGGCCUCACUGUCACCAUCAGCCAGGUUCCUGGAGUAAGACCCACCCGGCAGACAGGGUGGGGUGGCAAGGAGGUGGAGGCCCAGCCCGUGCCAGGGGAGCACAGCUGCCCCCGCUCCUCUGCUUCUCCCGCUUACAUUCUGGGGCAUACCUACCAGCUCCCAACCUCAUGCAGCCCAGGCCACUGCUGGCCCCCAUCCCCAAAGAGCCACAGCUGAAAGGUGACCAGAUAGAAGCCUCUUCAUGCCCUUUUCCAGCCCCAGAGCUCAGCACCCGUAUCCCCAAGCACAGGCCGCUCGUAAACCCCAAACCCCAGGGGCACAGAGACGUUGGGGCUGAAUGCCAGGAACAGCGUCUGAGGGACAGAGCCUCAUUGUCUGAGCGCUUUGGAUUUCCCAGCUCAGAGAUGAUGGGCCACUGUGGAGUCUUGGGCCCCUGGGUGGCCCCAGGCCCGGAUAACCUAAUGCCACUGGGGAAGCGGGUGGUCAGCCGGAACUGGGCAAGGAGCGCCCUUGGACCUGGAGCAGCCAAUGAGAUGCUUGAGGAUGAGGAGGCAGAGGCCCACACUGGUGCCUUCUGCUUGGGGGAGCGGGUGGAGCUGGCUGUGACCAUGGAAAACAAAGCCGAGGCCAAGCGGAUCGUAAGUGAGAAGCCCACCAGAGCAAGGAGCCAGGGGGCAGAAGGGUCACCUGGAGGGGGCUUGGGCCGGAGCCCCUCCAUGCAGAUGGCCAUCAGCUCAGAUUCUGCCCGGAAGGGUGUCCGGGAGCCCCAGAGUCCAGGCCUGGUCCCAGGCCCAGCUCCCCGCCGGCCAGUGGGGGGCCCCCCGGAGGUGGGCUGGGACUACGCCCAGUGGAAGCAGGAGCGAGAGCAGAUCGACCUGGCCCGCCUGGCGCGGCACAGAGACGCACAGGGUGACUGGCGCCGCCCGUGGGACCUGGACAAAGCCAAGCCCACGCCACAGGACUCCAGCAAGCCUCGGGAAGAGGGCCCGGCCAGGGUGGGCAGCACGAGGGGCCCCAGGGGCCACCGAAAGCUACAGCCCCCACCGUUGCCCCCUGAUGGCAAAGGCGGUACUACUCAGGGUGGGCAACCCAGCAGACCUCUGGUGGCGCUGGCCACACGCAGCAAAGCUCGGGGGACAGAGAGGCUGACUGGCAGGGCCCGCAGGUGGGAAAUGAAGGGAAGCAAGGAGGAGCUGGAGAGCCAGGAGGGAAGCCCAAGCACCAGAAGGACUCCAAAUGAGAAGGAACAUGCGCAGACUCCGAGCAGGAUGGAGCCGGGCGGACCCAUGAGUGUCCCAGCAACCAGCCCAGCUCCAGCAUCAGCGUCGCCAGAGGAGCCAAAAGAGGAGUCAGGAGCUUCGACAGCCAGUCCCGAGCCUGGCUCUCCACAAAACACGGACUUGCUUCCCCUCGACCUCUCUCUAGGAUGUGCCAGUAGCCCUGGCCCCGGGGAGGGCACGUGUGUGCUCAGUCCAAGGCCUGGGACCCAGGAGAGCCCUGUGUCCUGGCUGGAGGGUCACGAGCAGCCCCUGGGGUGGACCGAGCCCCAGGCUGAGCCAGAAGCCCAGACUUGUUCUGGGCCCCCCAAAGAGGCAGGGCCCCUGGAACCCAGAGAAGACAGGCCUGGCAAGGCUGGGGCCCAGCAGGUCCUGGCACCUCGAAGCAGACCCCCCAGAGGAGGCAGCCAAAGGGCGAGGGGCGCAGGAGGUAUGAGGAGCAGGACAGGGGGUCCUGCCCCUGCAAGAAGAUGCUGAGCAAAGCUCUCGGGAGCAGGCGGCCGGGCUGGGGAGGGGAGGAGGGAAGACACUGUCGAGUCUUUGAGCUCUGGGCUGGUGGCUGUGGCAGCCUGGCUGAGCAGUUUGGCAGACUCUCCGGUGGAGUGACACUGUGAAGGCAAGGAGCCAACCCCUGCACCUCACGGGCACCCCCCUGUGCACGUGUGUGCUCUCACCUGCAGGUAGGGCCCCUGGUGUAUCCCCACGCCACACCUGGUCUGUGAGGCUGGCAAGCCCUGUCCCAAGCCUACUGCUGCCCAGGCCACAAGCUCCCUGACCAUGGCGAGAGGACAAGGCUUGGAAGCACUCAGCACCUGGCUCUCCUGGCUUCCAUCACCCCCAGGGCCUGGCCUCCCUCUCCGGCUGCCGGCUCCUGGCUCCUCAGGUACAGGCAGCCUCAGCAGCUGGCAUGGCCAGCCCAGGCUCGGGCCCCUUCCUACACCCCUGCCUUGCACCCAGGUGAAUCACAGUCCAAGACUCACAGGAUGGCCAACCUGGGGAUCUCACAAGCAGCUGGCAGCCUCCUGCCUUUCCCUGGGCCUCAGCCUCCUGGAAGAGGAGGCUGAGGCCCAGAGAAAGGGAGGCCACAGCCAGCAGGGACAGAGCUGGGGACAGAAGAGCAGAGCUCAGGUCUCCUCUGUGAAAGGAAGGGUCUCUGGAAAGUCUCUGAAAUGGGGCGGGGGGGGGGGAGUAAGGAGGGGCCAGCUUCCUCUCCCCACAGCAGGCGCGGGAGCCCACCGUCAGGGACCUCCUCCCCCACCCCCAGGUCAGACGUGGAGUGCGCCCUGAGCGGGGGCAGAGGGCGCCUGCCACCCAGGGUCGUUUCCUGCCAUCUCCAGCUUCCUCUUCCCACCGCCUCCCUGCACUGUGUCACGCCGGAGCAAGGUCUCAGGCAGUGACCCAAGAGGCAGAGAAACAGCGACUCCAGCUAAGUACGACACCAGGACUUGUCUUUCCUACUUAGUCUCCGUUCCCGUCCCUCCCCUGAGGCCCACACAAGCUCCGCACAAGCUGUGGCUUCUUCUCAAUUCAACAAACAUUUCCUGAGCACCUACUACCAGCAAUGCAGCCGGUGGGCGAUGGUGACUUUGCCAGCAAGAGGGAGGGAAGAAACCCCUGCAUCCGGCAGACCCAGGCCGUGCAGCAGGAGCUGUUCUUGGCUGCAGGUGCCCGACAGGGGCUGGGGAUGGUAGUAGGAGCCCAGAGGGAACCAUCCCACCGCUGCUCGCAGAGGCAGGCGCGUCUCCCUUUCUCAUGGUGUGUACCCUUUGCCCCCAAGCCCCUGCUUGGAUCUCCCCACGUGGCUCUGCCACGGUUGUUCCUCUCUGCUGAGGGUCCUGGGCCUCACCAGCCUCUCUGGGUUCUCCAGGGAGUGUCCGGAUCAUCCCCAGCAUCUCUCCAGUGUCAGUGAGGCCUAAACUGUGGCUCAACUGUGUGAGGGCUGGGCCUCCCCACUGGCUCUUGCUCCGCUCUCCACCCCCUCUAUUGAGGAAGCACGAGGAGGGGGUGUCUCUUUGGCAGAUCAGAUUGUUUAGAGCAGUGCCUCUCACACAUUAAGGUGCAGAGUAAUGCAGAUUCUAACUAGGGAGGUCUGGGUUGGGCCUGGGAGCUUGCAUUUCUACUAGGCUCCAAGUGCCGCCUCUGCUGCUGCUUCCUGGACCACACUGUGAGAGUAAGGGUUUGGACUAGAGUGUAUGGAGGGCUAAGGGCAAAGACAGACUCUAGACUCUAAGGGCUGGCUGCUGGCUCUGUAGGGGAUGGGGGCAGGCUGCCGCUGCCCGGUGGGAGGUUCCUGGCCUCAGAGUUGGGUGGGACGCUGAUGCAUUGGGUAGAUGCUUGAGAGUGGGUGGUGUCAACUUCCUGUAGUGGGGAGUGAGAAAGCUGGUUGGGAACGGGAUGAGGUGAAGGGGGUUGGAAGAGGUGAGGACUGAUCAGAGGAAUUUUGGAAAGGCUUGGGAACAUUCUGUGCAUAUGGGAAGAAGACCCCUGUGAGAUACGAAAAGGCAAGGGUGAAAGAUUCCAAGCUCAAGUUUUCCUUUUGCCUUCCAGUCACACGUGCGUGGCUUUGGAAUAUGGCACUGGCUCUGGAACUCACGACUCCCAAAGGAUGGAGCUGGGGUAGAGCAGGUUCGGGCAGCCUCGAAUUCAGAUGUCUCCCAAAUAAUUGUGAUCCAGAAUUUGAACUCUAAGAUUCACAAACUUCCCCCAGCCCCCAGUGCCCCCAACUGUAUAGAUGUGCCUUCAUUAAAGGGUCUGUGCCAAGGCAUGUUUGACUAUGGGAUAGGGAUGUAGAACUUGGGCAGAGCUCUGGUUGAGGCCUCACAGCAAGAUCUAAGCAGGAGAGGAAGCUGGACAAAAGGGCUAUGGAGAAAUAGGGCUUCUCUCCCUUCUGGAUGUUAGGAGAAAGGGAUGUCACAGGAAUGAGUCACUAGGGCUUGGAGAGAAUGGAGUCUGGCACAGGACGUCUUCGUUGCAGGAGGACUGUAGUGCAAGGCAAGUAUCACCGAACUCUUCUCAAAAAAGGGGAGCCCUUCUUCAGGAGCAAUGAACCAGCAGCUCUUGUGGCCACCCCUCCUGCUCUAGGAUGGAACCAGCUAAGGAGCAGGAGGGAAGGGUAGACAUCCCUCCACAAAGCUCGGGGCCAUGGAAGGCUGCUCUGUUUCCUUCUGGCUCCUUUGGUUAAAGGCCUGGCUGGGAGCCUUCUUCUUGGAUUCCCUUCUCCUCUCCAACCAACAGACAAGACUGCUCCUCAAAGGUGGGAAGUUCUUCAUGGGACACGGCUUCAGGAUCCCAGGCACAGAGCUGGAGGAACUGACAAGGGAGAGUGCAGUGGGUAGUAGGGAGCCAGCAGGGAGAUGACAGCUUUACCUAAGGCCUCAAAACAAGGAGGGCAGAAGAGGUGGAAAGCAUCUCUGUCCUGGCCCAUAUCACCUUACAGAGGGGAGCAGCAGACCACAUUGUAAGGGAGGUAUUUUGGGGAUGAUAGGCAGCACGGUUGAGUGGAACAAACAUGGGCCUUGGAAUCUGAGAGACUGAAUCUGAAUCCUAGGUCUGCCACCUGCUAGCUGGAUGACUCUGGUCAAUUUUAACGUCUAAAAGCCUCAGUUUUCUUGCCUGCAAAAUGGAGCUAGCAAUACCUAUGAGGAAGGGUUGUUAAGAAAAUUAAAGAUGAGAAUAUGCAAAGUAUACCUGGCACACCGUAGGCACUCUAUUCACAGUAGCACACAGAAGGCACUCAGUAAAUAUUUGUCGAGUAAAUAAAGUAGCUAUUUGUUGUGA